AUGAAGAUCCAAAGUAAAGAAAAGGAAGUUGCAAGGAAAAGACAAUCAACUCAGACAGAAAGACCGCCAAGGCCAACCCUUAAAGAGUUGCAAUCCAAAACUUAUCCUUUCCUGGAUUCUGACGUCUCGGGAAUCUUUGACGAUCUACUCAGAGAAAACCUCAUUGAACUUCCGAAUUCAAAAAGACCGGAGGAAGCUGGAAAGGUUGAUGACCCAAGAUAUUGCAAAUACCAUCGUGUCGUAGGACAUCCCAUCCAUAACUGUUUCAUCUUUAAAGACAAAGUCAUGGAGUUGGCUCAUGAAGGAAAGAUCACCCUUGAAGACGAUUCUGUUUCUGUUAAUGUCACUUCAAUCACGUUCGGGUCUCUCGAAGUUGACAUAAAAGACAAAGAAUCAUAUUGUCUCACUACCGAGAAAGGUGGCAAGGCGAUCAGAGACAAAUCGAGUGAAGAAUGUGCCACGAUAACUUUCACUGAUGAAGAUUUGGUGUUAGGAUCCAAACCCCAUAAUCGUCCAUUACUGGUCGUGGGUUAUAUCCAUGAACAAAGGAUUAACCGGAUAUUCUUAGACGGAGGAGCUGCAGUCAAUGUCCUUCCUCUAUACACAUUGCAAAAAUUGGGAAUACCAGUAGAUCAGUUAUUCGAGAGUCGUAUGACAAUACAUGGAUACAAUCAAGAGGGGCAAAGAGCACUUGGCACCAUAAGAUUGAGACUCUUAAUCGAUGAAAUGGAAACUAACCCUUUGUUCUACGUGAUAGACGCAAAGACAUCUUUCAACGUUCUUUUGGGAAGACCAUGGAUACAUGAGAAUGGUGUAGUUCCAUCAACGUGGCACCAAUGCUUCAAAUACGCUCAAAAUGGAGUGACAAAGAAAGUUCUUGGAGACACAAAGCCAUAUGCAGAAGCCGAGUCACACUUUGCGGACGCCAAAUAUUUCUCUACAGAAGCAAAAAAAUCCAAGGUACAUGAAGAUGUCAAAGCACCACAACCAAACUUGGGGGCAAAGUUAAGAGAUAAAGAAAAAACACCUGCCUCAGGUUCUGCAGACUCAUUAAUUGAGCCUCUAAAAGAUUUGACUCUUCCGAAGACCCCACUCAACCCAAUCCCCCCAUCACAGACAAGGAAUGGAAAAGAGGAAAAAAUAGAGGCUAUGCGAUUGCAAAAGGACAAAAGCUUUGGCCCAAAAGCCUACAAACUUCUCACAAAAGCUGGAUAUAAUCCAAAUGAGGAAUCACUGCUGGGAAAGUUACCACCACAGACAACCCAAGGUUCGAGGGCUGGUCUUGGGUACAUGCCACAAGCUCCCGUACGCAUCGCUAUCAAAAGGGCUGCAAAUCAUCAUAUCACCGAAAGCGAGACUUUGUCUUCCAAUUCACCUCAAAAGGGGAAGAAUGCAAGAGUAUCGGUUUUCGAGAGGCUAAAACCUUCUGUCUUCACAAGGUUAGGACCAAAGAUCAAUAAAGAGAAAAACAAGACGAAUUCCACAUCAACAAAAUAUGUGGAGAUGGAUGAAGAAAUCAAGAGCCGCUUUCCAUCCCGCAUGACGCGUCAAACAAAAAUGACGAUACAUUGCGGUAAAGUUUUAAAGGCUAAAUGGCAAACCGUUGUCUUCACCAAACCCAAAGAAGAUAAUGAAGAAAGUGUUGCAUCAUCCUGCUACAUCACUGAAGGGGGAGAAGAAACAAUGAUUGAAGAAGAUGCAGGAAAUGCACCCGCCGCGCUCGAAGAAGGUAUCAAAGCUGCAGUGGACGAGUUAGAAGAAGUCAACUUGGGAAAUGAAGAUCACCCAAGACCUGUCUAUGUCAACAAAGAGCUGGGUGAGGAUGAUAUGAAUGCCUACAUCCGACUUCUCAACGAAUUCCAAGAUGUCUUCGCUUGGUCAUAUAAAGAAAUGCCCGGCUUAGACCCGAAAGUUGCGGUCCACCAUCUAGGUGUGAAGAAAGGAGCUCGCUCUGUGAAGCAAGCACAACGAAGAUUCCGUCCUGAACUCAUCCCUCAAAUAGAAAAUGAAGUCAACAAACUCAUUGAAGUGGGGUUCAUCCGGGAAGUCAAAUACCCCCAAUGGAUUUCCAACAUCGUGCCUGUAAAGAAAAAGAAUGGACAAAUCCGAGUUUGUGUGGAUUUCCGAGAUUUAAACGAAGCAUGCCCAAAAGAUGAUUUUCCUUUACCCAUAACUGAAUUGAUGAUUGAUGCAACGACAGGACAUGAAGCGCUUUCUUUUAUGGAUGGAUCAUCUGGAUAUAACCAAAUUCGUAUGGCACCUGAAGACGAAGAGUUAACCGCCUUUCGUACACCGAAAGGUAUCUACUGUUACAAAGUUAUGCCUUUCGGAUUGAAAAAUGCUGGGGCAACCUACCAAAGAGCAAUGCAAAAGAUCUUUGAUGACAUGCUACACAAAAAUGUAGAGUGCUAUGUUGACGACUUGGUUGUCAAAUCCAAGAGAAAAGAAGAUCACCUGCAAGACUUAAGAAAGGUUUUUGAAAGGUUGAGGCGCUACCAAUUAAAAAUGAAUCCUCUCAAAUGCGCUUUUGGAGUCACCUCCGGAAAAUUCCUCGGAUUCAUUGUCCAUAGUCGUGGAAUUGAGAUUGAACAGGCAAAGAUAGAUGCCAUCACAAAAAUGCCUGAGCCUCGUAACAUCCACGAGCUAAAAAGCUUACAAGGAAAAUUAGCAUAUAUAAGAAGAUUUAUCUCUAACCUCGCUGGACGAUGUCAACCUUUCAGCCGAAUCAUGAAGAAGGGAGUGCCUUUCCAUUGGGAUGAAGCAUGCAAGAAGGCAUUCCAAAGUAUCAAAGACUACUUGACAAAACCACCAGUGCUGACAGCCCCAAUUCCUGGACAUCCGUUGACGCUUUACAUCGCUGCACAAGAGCGUUCAGUUGGAGCCUUGUUAGCACAGGAAGCCAAUAAAGGGAAAGAAAAUGCCCUCUACUACCUCAGCAGAAUGAUGACACCAAAUGAACUAAAUUAUUCACCGGUGGAAAAGAUAUGCUUGGCGCUCAUCUUCGCCAUAAAAAAGUUGAAGCAUUACUUCCAAGCGCACACUAUCCGGUUGGUGUCCAAAGCAAAUCCCUUGAAAUAUGUCAUGUCAAAGCCUGUCCUUUCUGAUCGACUUGCGAGGUGGUACCUGCAGCUGCAACAAUUCGAAAUCAUAUAUGUACCACAGAAAGCUGUAAAAGGACAAAUAUUGGCUGACUUCCUUGCUGAUCAUCCCAUCCCCGCUGAAUGGGAGUUGUCUGACGACUUCCCUGAUGAAGACGCGCUUUUUAAAUCACCCCACCAUGGAAAAUGUAUUUUGACGGCUCAUCACACAAAAAUGGAGCUGGAGCCGGAGUAA